CAGACGGCCAAUUGCUAUAGUGACGCCGCCAUAAUGCUAAGUAAGAAGUUGGUUUUGUCGCGGGCUCGGGCUCCAGAUUUGGAAACAGUCCGGAGACUGAACCUCUGGGGGAGUAAUCUGACAGAUCUCUCCAUAUUAAGGGAAAUGCCCAACAUAGAAGUGAUUACAUUAAGUGUGAACAACAUCUCCUCUUUAGUGGGUUUCCAAUACUGUCAGAAUAUUAGCGAGCUUUACCUACGGAAGAACAAUAUUCAAAACCUGGCAGAGAUCUGCUACCUGAAGGGACUGCACCGCCUCAGAGUGCUGUGGUUAUCGGAAAAUCCCUGUUGUGGGGCAGACCCCCACAAGUACAGAAUGACUGUCCUGCGGAACCUGCCACAGCUACAGAACUUGGACAACCAAGUUGUGACUGAGGAGGAGGUGACUCAGGCUUUAGAGGAUGGAGAGGAGAUGGCUGCCGUGCACAACAAACAGUCCUUGGAGCCAAUAAGGAAUUGCUCGAGGAGAGAAGUCAGCACCUCUGAACCAAGCACUCAAACGGAAAGUGAUGUCUUGAGUUUCAGAAUGGAAGAGACAAACAAAAUCCGUGAAGAACUUGGAAUGAAGCCGCUGGGAAGAGAUAAAUUUUCCUCCCCUGUUGGAGUGAAGGACCUAAAUACCUGCAAUGGCAUGCAAACGCACACUUCAAACGUGCUGAGUGCUGUUCUUUUGCUCUUGAAAGAGCUCGAUGGAGACGGGCUGGAGAUUGUAUACAGAACAUCAGAGCAGAAACUCCAAAUGUUGCACAGGAAAGAGACUGAACAGGACCAAUGAGCGACAACUGACGAGGCUCACAGACAGUUUAAGUUGAUUUUGACUCAUGAGAGCUGUUUCAAAAUUCAAGGAAAUGCGAGAGAAAAUUUAAAACUAGGACUUGUAGAGAUGAGGUGAAGCAACUUCACUGAAGUGAUAACAUCAUAGGCCUAGACAGUAUCUAUCAUAUGAUUUACCAUGGUCUUCCCUUGGAGGAACAGCUUGUUGUGACCAGUAGCUGCAUAGAUACAUCCAUCCUUGUAAUCACGUUCCUGGUUUAACAGAAGAGUUCAAAUUCACCAGUUACCCUCAAGUUAAUGCAGAUCUGACUGGAGAGGCCGGUUGUGUUACUGUAUGAAAAGGUACUAGCACAAUAAAAGGGAACAUUUGCAAGGAAAACGAAUCUCAUACUUCCUCCCUACAGGUUUAAGGAUUUAAUAUUGCUUGUCAGAAUUUCUUUGUCCUCUUAUCCUUGAAACCUUCUGCCACAAGUAUUGAUCUGAAUAAAAAUCUAACAUGAAAAUA